CUUUUUUUUUUUUUUUUUUUUUUUUUUUUUUUUAUUUUCCCCGGGAAGUGAAAUGAUGGAGAGUUGGAUCUCGCAGUGAAGAAGAAGAACAAGAAGAACAAGAAGAAAGAGAAGGAUGAGUUCUUGUUAUGUACCAAACGGGGCCAGCUUGGAGGAUUGCCAUUCCAAUCUAUUCUGUCUGGCUGACUUGACAGGGAUCAAAUGGAAGAGGUUUGUGUGGCAGGGUCCCACCUCUGCUCCCAUCCUCUUCCCGGUGACAGAAGAGGACCCCAUCCUAUGCAGCUUCAGCCGCUGCCUGAAGGCGGACGUGCUGAGUGUAUGGCGGCGCAGUCAGCGGCAAGGCCGGAGGGAGCUUUGGCUCUUUUGGUGGGGGGACGACCCCAACUUCGCAGAUCUCAUCCACCAUGAGCUUGCAGCCGAGGAUGACGGGCUCUGGGAGAACGGCCUUUCCUACGAAUGUCGCACGCUGCUGUUCAAAGCCAUCCACAACUUGCUGGAGCGCUGCCUCAUGAAUCGCAGCUUCGUUCGCAUCGGCAAGUGGUUUGUCAAGCCCUACGAGAAGGAUGAGAAGCCCAUCAACAAGAGCGAGCACCUAUCCUGCGCCUUCACUUUCUUCUUGCAUGGCGAGAGCAACGUAUGCACCAGUGUGGAGAUCAACCAGCACCAGCCUGUCUACCAUCUGACGGAGGAACACCUCACUCUUGCUCAGCAGGCGUCCAGCCCCUUCCAAGUGAUCCUGAGUCCUUUCGGCCUCAACGGGACACUCACUGGCCAGUCGUUCAAGAUGUCAGACCCACCCACCCAGAAGCUGAUCGAGGAGUGGAACCAGUUCUAUCCCAUCAGCCCCAGCGCCAAGGAGGGUGUGUCGGAGGACAAGGUGGAGGACAUGGACUGGGAGGAUGACUCUCUGGCCUCUGUGGAGGUCCUCGUAGGUGGUGUGCGGAUGGUGUACCCAGCCUGCCUUGUGCUGGUACCUCAGUCAGACAUCCCUGUUGUGGCCCCUGUGGGGUCCUCCCACUGCACUGCCGUCUACCCGGGUGGCCACCAAGUGCCUGCUUCCCAGCGAGAGCCCGCCAUGUCUUUGGUGACCCUCACCCCUCCCACAUCGCCUGAGGAGGCACAGACAGUGGACUCUCACUCGGCCCAGAAGUGGGUUAAGAUGCCUUCAUCCUCCGAUGCGUUCAGCGUGGACAGAACAAGUCACCAUGGAGGCAAGAUUCCACGCCGGCUUGCCAGUCAGGUGGUGGAGCGCGUCUGGCAAGAGUGCAAUAUCAACCGAGCCCAGAACAAGCGGAAGUUCUCAGCUGCAACCAACGGUACCUGUGACGAGGAGCUGAGUGAGAAAGUGGGAGCCUGGGAUUUCGUAGAGCAUUCACAGAGGUCAUACUGCAGUUGUUCCAGAUAUAAGUCGGUGAAGCAGCGAACAGGCAGCACCCCGGGCCAAGCUCAGUCAGCAGGACAGCCCUCCCAGCCUCCUACCAAGCACAAAGCCGGGGGAGAGAAGCCAGAGAAAGGUGACAAGCAGCAGAAAAGACCCCAGACGCCCUUCCAUCAUCGCAGUCUGACCAGCGACGAUGCUUCAAUAGAGACAGAGACAACAGCUGGCCAAAGGUUGUCCAUGAGGGGUCAGGAUGGAGGAAGAUUCACUAGUAUACGCUCUGCAGACGUGUCUGCCAUCCAAAAAGCCCCCCAGCUUCACAGCGGGGUGGUAAGCGCUGGGCCAUCGGAACAAGCCAACUCCCCCCAACCUCCACCACUUAGCCCCCACCCCUGCGAGCGAAGCGAAGAGUCAGGGGAGGGCAUGAAGAACCCUUCAACCCCAAACAGCCAACACUUUUACCAGCCACCCCCAGAGCCCUGCCUGGUCGGGGUGAAGGGUGGCGGCGAGGAGCCAGAGGCUCUUAAUCAGCACUUCCACUCCCAUCACCCCCACUCCCACCCUGGAGGUUCGACAUACUCCGAGCCUCCUGAGCCCACCGUGUACGUGGGCGCAGCGGUCAACUUGGAGGAGGACAGCUCCCACGCACCAUGGAGGUUAUUCAACCUACCCCGAAGGAAAGAAGCCGAGCUGCCCACGCCACUGCUGCCGGGGGACAAGUUGAGGGACGAGGCCUCGGCGUCACAGGACAACCUGGUGUCGGUCACAGAGGUGAUGUCUACAUCUAAAUGGCCGCUGAAGGUGUCUGAAGAACGCGUUCAGAUGUAUCGAGCCAGGAGGAACCAGUACCUAUCUGCUGCCAUAACGGACGGCGAUCACGAGCCGGAGGUGGACCCCUACGCCUUUGAGGAAGGAGACGUCAAAUUCACAUUCUCCAACAAGAAGGAUAAGGCAGGCGGGGAGCGUGAGCCAGGCAAGAAACAUAAGGGUGAAGAUGGAGGAGCAGGCCCAUCAGAUGAUGCUCAGCGGGCAGCUGCACACAACCGCAUGGCCUCCACGAGCCUGAUCCACGAGACCGACCUGGCGGUGUCCAUCAACGACCUGGACAACCUCUUCAACUCGGACGAGGAUGAUCUGGCGGCGCCUGGUUCCAGGCGACCUGUGAAUGGAACUGAUGAGAAAUUCGGCGGCAAGGAACCGAAGCAAUCCACUUUGGACCCCGUAUCCUGCAUUAGUUCAGCAGACCUGCACCAGAUGUUUCCCACGCCUCCCUCCCUAGAGCAGCACAUCAUGGGCUACUCACCCAUGAACAUGUGCAGCAAGGAGUACGGCAGCAUGGAGGCCAACCCAGGCAUGACCACGCUGGACGGCACCUCGUCUCUCGGAGGCCACUUCAAGAUCGAGGUGGAGGAGAGCUUCUGCAGCCCCAAGCCUUCUGAGAUCAAGGACUAUUCAUUUGUGUACAAGCCAGAGCUGUGCCAGGCGUUCGUAGGCUGCUCCAUGUUCGCCCCCCUGAAGACGUUGCCCAGCCAGUGUCUCCCGCCUAUUAAAAUACCAGAGGACUGCAUCUACAGACCAAGCUGGACCAUGGGCAGAGAGAUGCUCAACCCCGUGCCUGUCAUGACCUUCCUCAACAAAGACAGUAACAUCCCCAGUGUGGGCAGCACCAUGGACCAGGACUACAGCCAGACCUACACCCCUCAGACCCACACGCCCUUCAUGUCAAACAGCGCUCCACCAAGUAACGGUGGCGCUGGCAUCCUACCUUCACCCGCCACCCCACGUUUCUCUGCACCCACCCCACGUACGCCACGCACACCGCGCACACCUCGAGGCCCCUCCAGCGUCCAGGGCUCGCUCAAGUAUGAGAAUUCGGACCUGUACUCGCCAGCGUCUACUCCCUCCACCUGCCGACCGCUCAACUCAGUAGAGCCGGCUACCGUACCCUCCAUCCCCGAGGCCCACAGCCUCUACGUCACCCUCAUCCUCUCCGAGUCGGUCAUGAACCUCUUCAAGGACUGCAACUUUGACAGCUGCUGUAUCUGCGUAUGUAACAUGAAUAUAAAAGGAGCUGAUGUGGGCGUGUACCUAAGCGACCCCGUCAGCGAGGCCCAGGAAGCCUGCAGCUGCGGCUUCAGCGCCGUGGUCAACCGACGUUACGGCAACGGCUCGGGUCUCUUCCUGGAGGAUGAGUUGGAUAUCAUCGGCCGCGGCUCGGAUGUCAGCAGAGAGGCAGAAAAACGAUUUGAGGAGCUGCGGCUUUCCUCCCUGGAGAGGACUGGGGUUGGGAGGGGCGACCGAGUUCCAGAUGAGCUUAUUCUCCUCUUGCAGGACCAGUGUACCAACCCUUUUUCUCCCAUUUCAACCCUGGAGCAUGACAUCGUGACACGGGGACCGAGCGGGGCUCCUGUACCGCCCUGUGUGAGGGUGGAGGAGAGGGACUACCACAGCGACUGCUACAUGGCCCUGGAGCACGGCAGGCAGUUCAUGGACAACAUGUCAGGCGGCAAGGUGGACGAGGCACUUGUUAAAAGCACCUGCCUGCACCACUGGUCCAAACAAAACGCAGUGGACGUGAGUGCGCUGUGCUCUCAGGACGUGCUGCGGGUGCUGAUGUCCCUCCAGCCCGUACUCCAGGACGCAAUCCAGAAGAAGAGGACAGUAAGGUCGUGGGGCGUUCAGGGUCCCCUCACCUGGCAGCAGUUCCACAAGAUGGCUGGACGGGGCUCUUAUGGCACAGACGAGUCCCCAGAGCCCCUGCCCAUUCCCACCUUCCUGGUGGGUUAUGAGUACGACUUUGUGGUGCUGUCUCCGUUCGGUCUGCCGUACUGGGAGAAACUCUUGCUGGAUCCCUUCGGCUCCCAGCGGGACAUCGGGUACCUGGUGGUUUGUCCUGACAACGAAGCCCUGCUCAGCGGUGCCAAGAGCUUCUUCCGAGACCUCACCGCUGUCUACGAGUCAUGUCGACUUGGCCAGCACCGGCCCAUUUCCAAAGGCUACCCCGAUGGCAUAGUACUCGUUGGCGGCAGUGGAGCCAAGAACCUCAUGGAUCAGCCAGUCAGCGACUGGUUCCUCAAGGCUGCCAGCGGCAACAGCGACGCCUUCACUAAGCUCAAACUCUAUGCACAAGUGUGCCGCCACAACCUCGCUCCAUACCUCGCAUCACAGCCAUUGGACAGUUCCCUCCUCACACAACCCAGUCCCCCGCCUUCGUCCAGCCAGUCAUCAUCCACACAACUGCCUAACUCCACCUCCAGCUCAGUCAGCCAGCAGGGAUCAGUGAACGCUGCGGGCUCCUCCAUCCCCAACAACAGCAGCAGCAGCAACAGUGGGUCUGCAAAUGGCUCUGCGUCAUCCAACAGCCUGGUGACAUCCUCAGGCCAGCCUGGCAGCGGCAUGCCUCCUGCCAAGCCAAACUCUUUUCCCCACUUUGGGAACAUGGGGAGCCAGAGCCAGGGAGGGCCCCAGAGUGGACAGCUGGGACAGCAGGCUGGUACCCAGAAUACUGGCACCUCAGGGGACAACUCCAACAGCCAGGCCCAGGGGCCCACAGAGCCUCCUGAAAGCACUUUGGAACGAGAGAAGGUAGGCGUGCCCACGGACGGGGAGUCCCACGCCAUCACGUACCCGCCUGCCAUCGUUGUUUACAUCGUGGACCCCUUUAGCUACAAGGAGGCCGACAGUGGCCCCGGGCCAGUGCCUGCCCACUCCAGUGUGUGGACGCUGGGUUUGCUACGCUGCUAUCUUGAGAUGCUUCAGUUCCUGCCCCCACACAUCCGCAAUUCUAUAUCUGUACAGAUCGUCCCCUGCCAGUACCUGCUUCAGCCAGUACGAGGAGAAGACCGUCACAUCUACGCCCAGCACCUCAAGUCUCUAGCCUUCUCCGUCUUUGCUCAGUGCAGACGGCCGCUGCCCACCUCCACCAACGUCAAGUCGUUGACAGGCUUCGGCCCGGGCUUGGCCAUUGACACUGCACUGAAGAGUCCGGAGCGGCCGGAGUGUCUACGUCUGUAUACACCUCCGUUCAUCCUAGCGCCGGUGAAGGACAAGCAGACGGAGCUCGGGGAGACAUUCGGGGAGGCAUCGCAGAAAUACAACGUGCUGUUUGUCGGAUACUGUCUGUCCCACGACCAACGCUGGCUCCUGGCUACGUGCACUGACCUGUAUGGGGAACUCCUGGAGACCUGCAUCAUCAACAUAGAUGUACCCAACAGGGCACGGAGGAAAAAGGGCUCCGUUCGGCGGCUCGGCCUGCAGAAGCUGUGGGAUUGGUGCUUGGGACUGGUGCAGAUGACAUCAGUCCCCUGGAGGGUGGUGAUUGGCAGACUGGGAAGGAUAGGACACGGAGAGUUAAAAGACUGGAGUAUUCUGCUGAGCAGGAGAAACCUCCAGUCACUGAGUCGUCGUCUUAAGGAAAUGUGUCGAAUGUGUGGCAUCUCCGCCUCGGAUACUCCCAGCAUCCUCAGCGUGUGCUUGGUUGCCAUGGAGCCCCAGGGAUCCUUUAUCAUCAUGCCAGACUCCGUGUCAACCGGCUCAGUAUUUGGCCGCAGCACCACCUUGAACAUGCAGACGUCCCAGCUGAGCACACCACAGGACACCUCCUGCACCCACAUCCUGGUCUUCCCCACCUCCGCCUUCGUCCAGGUGGCCAGCUCCAAUUACACCAACAUCGACCCCAACAUCGACAUUCUCAACGCCACCACUGAUGGGUCUGACGCUAUCGGGAUCUUUGACCUGCUGGACCAGGAGAACGAGUUGGUGGACCCAGACAUCAUCAACAUCUCGCCCACCACGUCACCGGUACACUCCCCUGGCUCUCAUUACCACCACGGAGGUGAUGGCAGUAAGGGACAGAGUACGGACCGCAUGGAGUCUCAUGAAGAGGUUCCUAACCUCCUGCAGCAGCCCUUGGCCCUCGGCUACUUCGUCUCAACGGCUAAAGCUGGUCCACUACCCGACUGGUUCUGGUCGGCCUGUCCUCAGGCUCAGAACCAGUGUCCACUCUUCCUCAAGGCCUCUUUGCACCUCCAUGUGUCUUCAGUGCAAUCAGAUGAACUACUGCACAGCAAACACUCCCACCCCCUAGACUCCAAUCAGACCUCAGAUGUACUCAGAUUUGUGCUGGAGCAGUACAACGCCCUCUCCUGGCUGACGUGUGAUCCGGCUACACAGGACAGACGAUCAUGUCUACCCAUUCAUUUUGUGGUGCUCAACCAGAUGUACAACUUCAUCAUGAACAUGUUGUAACCAAGAUUUACAGGGAGGGGUGUGUAGGGGAAGGGAGGCAUCUUUAGAGAAGAGGAAAAGUUGAAAACUUCCCGCCCUCCCCCCCCCACAAAAAAAAGACUGAAGAAAACUGCAAGAACCACACCAGACUACGGAGCUGGAUCCUGCACCGCGAUGGGAUUUUUAGACGGCUGUUCUAAGCUGAGAUGGGUCCUGUCCACCGUGGCUGUUACUGUUUGAGACAGUCCUGUCCCCUGUGAUUCAGAGACAUACGCAUAGAGACAAGGGAAUAAAGAAGAGGGGGGAAACCAGAAGUUGAAUCGCAAUUUAAUGAACGUGAUAGAAUGACAGAUUGGUUGUCAUGGUAUGUAGCAUGGCAGCACAGUCACUGGCCAGUCUGUAUUGGAGAGACAACUCUAUCUGCAAAGUUAUUGGAAGAAAAGGGACAUAUUUGAUCAAGGAAAAAAACUCAAGAAUGGAUCUUUGGUUUUAAAACCUGAAAUUCCUUUUUAUUCCUUUGGAUGAAAUAGUAUCCAAAUGAAAUGCCUGCAUCUAUCUUAUUUAUUGUAAGUUUUUAAAUGUAUAAUUUGUCUUAUUUCUUAACCUCUUUUUAUAUAUAAAAAAUGGAGAAGGUUUAUAUCACCUUCCUGCUUUAAAGCAAUUGGUCUAAGAUAUAUGUAAUCGUCUUAAUUAAAAAAACAACCAGGAAAAAAAAAUCCCAUAAAAAUUAAAUAAAAGUCCCAGUAGGUUGCUUUUAGAGUAUUAUUUUUUGUAAUGGAGACAGAAUAUUUGUAUUGUCACAAUGUACAGAAGAAUUAGAGUGGAGAAUUAUGUUCCAUGCCUUUGAGCAUGAAGGACUUACAGCAAAGCUGUAGCUACAGAGGACUUGUACAGCAAUGAACUUCACUGUGUUCAAAUAAAGAGGUACAUUGUUGUAUAUAGUAUUUUAUACCACACAUUUAGACACAAAAACCAAACGGCAAUAUAUAUAAAUAAUUAUAUAUGAAUGCCAUGCCAGCAGUUGGUGGUGUGGCUUCUGUUUUAGGAAUAAAGUGCGUCAACUUA